AUGAAACAUCAGCGGAAAAGAAGUAUGAAGGUGAAUUACAACUUAUCAAAGUAAAAAAAGCCCCCACCCCAUAUCAAAACGAAACUUCUGAUGCAGGAUUUGCGUACAGAAAUCAGAUUUUUCUUGCAGUAGAGGACUCCAGGCCCAUAUCAUGCCAAUGCAGAGAGGUUUUGGCCUAGGCACUUAGCAUGGGGAACGCCUAUGCUGUAGGACCAACGGCAUUACAAAGCGGCUGCAUAAUGGGGCGGAGUCCAUGCCGUUGCUUUCUUGCAAGACAGACGCGAUUUGUGGUCACAAAUCAGCAUCGCAAAUUGUCUGAGACGUUCCAUUUCGAUAUGGGGAGGGGGUAUUUUUCCUUACGACACAACUCGUCGUCUCCGCCCUCUGCUCUUGCAAAGGAGCUGCACCCGGACCCAGGGGGGCACUCGACUUUGCAUUUCUUUUUGGCGCCGCUUGCCUCACAAGUUACGGGGGCCAAACCGCACUACUGUCCGGCCGUGGUUCUGUCAUGCGGAUGCUGUCGUGCGCUCUGUCGAAGUACUAUGUCAUGCGGAACUGCAAGCCAGAUAAUUUCUGCCAUCUCUUCUGUAGUUGCUGGGGCAGAUGCAGAUCAUGGGGAGGGCGACGAUACGUGCACGCCCAUACGAGGAAACGCCCCCUAUUUGAGAUGGGAACAGCACGUGGUAGAUGAAACGGUAUCCGGAAGCAAACUAAAACACUUUUCAAUCUUUACACACAGCCUUUUUACUCCUGUGAAAUACAAUGACAAGUAGACUGAAGAUCAAGAUUUCGAUUUAUGCUUGCUUUUGUGGAGUUUUUUGAACAGCUGGAUACAGUGGACGGAAGAGACGACCUGACCGAUAAUUUUUGAGAUAAAUAAUGAAGUUACAACUGGUUGUAGAAAUGAAAAAAAAAUUGGGUGUGUAAUAUUACCAAGUUUCGAAAAUAAUUAAUCACGAUGGAAACAGAUGAAAGAAAUCGGCGCUGCCUUGCCAAGCAAGACGCAUAGAGCAACACGUAAUUUAGAAGGAGAAAGAUCGUCCUCUUCAAGAAGGCGAUUUCAUUUGAAGACAGACGCGAAGAUGUCGAUCUGAACUGCUCCUAUGCGUUUUUUCAUGAAUGAAUCCUGUACAUAUGACGUUUUCUACGAACGAUGAAUACUAUCAAGUGGUGGAAGACGAU